AAACAUGUACUAUCUGUCGAGUAUGUAAUUAGUUUAGCAUUAGUUUUAAUGGAAAUAACUUUCUUCAAGACUGCGUUAUAAAGUUUUUAUGUUCGAGAUAAAUCAUAAAUGUGAUAUUAAAAAUUACGUUAACUAUAGAGAUACAAUUUUUAAAUGGCUAGUGACAAUGAUAAAAGUUCGGAUUACAACUUUGAUGGUUCAUUGAAGAACAUUAAUAAGAAGGGAAACAAUGAUAACUUUGAUGAAGAUGAAGAAAAAGCUUUCAAAACGGCACCUGUUGGAAAAGGCGGUCGACAUUUAUCAAUACCUUUUGACUCGACUAUGACGAAUGGCGAUCUGGCAAAGAAACAGAAUGGUUCGGCGGUGCGAACGAAUAGCCUUGGGUCAGGUGCGAGGACGCCGCCCGCGGAACGGACCAAGUCCAAGUUCUCGGCCUUCGGAAGACUGUUCAAACCGUGGAAAUGGAAACGGAAAAAGAAAUCCGAAAAAUUCGAAGCAGCUUCUAGAACGUUAGAAAGAAAGAUAUCCGUCCGAGCAAAUAGAGAUGAGUUGGUACAGAAGGGUAUACUACUGCCAGAGAGUCCUGUUACGCCAGUACCCGAAGCCAAUGAAGAGUUGUCUCCGGUGUAUGGUGGCGAAGAGGCGCGGGCCGAAACGAAUUGCGGGCCCGACCGGAUGAACGCGAUGCACGUCGCGCUACAGGCACAACUCGCGUCGCAGUUAGCGCAGCAGCAGGCGGCGCUCGCUGCCGCCGUCGCCGCUGCUGCACACCACCAAAACAAUAACGUCAUUGAACCAAAGAAAGAUAAAUUGGAAAAUGGUGGUGAAACGACCAGGCCUGAAAGGCCAAACUCAUUGACUGCCGGUAAACAUCCUCGACGGAUAUGUUACCAAGGCGACGUAGUAGGUGGCUACAAUACGAGAGGGGAGGGUGGGGAUGGAGAAGAACCCUUAGUUCUGUCGGAACUGCCUGAACCACCCAUCGCUUUAUCGGAAAUUGGUCCCAUUCCCCCACCGCCUAUGUUCAGUUCACCAAGUCCCACGCGACAUCACCACCAACACACGAUGCCUCAACAUCCUCACUCCGACUCCGAAGAGGAGGAUGAUCCAGAGGAGGAAGACGUCGAACCACUGGCGCUUGCUGGUGACACGUCGAGGAUCGAGGAGAUUCCGCCGAAGGAGCCGCUGUACAAUGCGAUGCCGCUCAAAUCCGCCCUCAAGAAGCGGCCCGCGCCCUCCGCCUCGCCCGCCGCCACGCCGCUCGCCGCGCGUCAAGACCACCAUCACGCCAGCUUCAAACGGCCGCCGCCUAAGCCCAGGAUCCGCAUAUGCAGUCGACCGAUUCGCGUGGGCAACGCCAUGGAGAACAAGGAGAACGCCAGGCCCUGGGACGGCGAGUACAGAGACGACUACACGAGCGAGUCGGAACGAGUCGCGGCCAAACUAGCAAGAAAGGAGAGCUUAAACAUCAAAUUGGCUCUGCGACCCGACAGACAAGAACUUAUAAAUAGGAAUAUCCUGGUGGUGCAGAGCGAGCACGAGCGUCAAGAGUCCUGGGAGGCCAUCGGGGCGCGGCUCAUCCGCCGUCUGUCCAUGCGGCCCACAGCCGAAGAACUCGUCGAAAGAAACAUCUUAAAAAGCCAAUCACCUGCCGAAGAGAAGAAGCAAAAAGAAGAAAAGAAGCGGUACUUAUUGCGCAAACUCAGUUUCCGACCCACUGUAGAUGAGCUCAAAGAGAAGAAAAUUAUCCGCUUUAGCGACUACAUCGAGGUUACUCAAGCCCACGACUACGACCGUCGCGCCGACAAGCCAUGGACUCGCCUCACGCCGCGGGACAAGGCCGCGAUCCGCCGCGAACUCAACGAGUUUAAGAGCUCCGAGAUGGCGGUGCACGAGGACAGCAAACACCUCACUAGAUUCCACAGACCAUGACGGCCGAGGCUCGCAGCGGGCGGCGCGGGUGGUGCGGCGCGGCGCGGCGGCUGAGCCCGCGAGCGGGACGGGUGCGCGCGCCUCCGCUUGUUCACGUUGACCACUCCGAUAGCUCACCGCGUCGAGUCGGUAAAGGGUUGAAUGUUCUAAAGCCGCGCGGCGCCGUCGUCGCGGAGCCGCGGCUGCUACUGCGCCAGUGCGGUCCUGUUGUUGGUCUAGUUAUCGUAAGGCAGUCGUCGAGUCCGGAGGUUCAUUUCGUGCCGACAGUCCCCGGACGUACCUAUACAUUCUUCGUAUUGACCUUCGCGGAAGGUUAGUGAUACUGAUUACGUGGUGGAGAUUGUGCUCGUUCGUUACGAAUCGUGAGGUUUGCGCGUAACCAUGUCAGUUGCAAGACACUCGUCCACCAUGUAACUUUAUGAGAAUUUGUGAUUUUUUCUAAUAUUCAUAGCGCUUUUAGCUUCGUAGUCAUUAAGCUAGAUUGGUUAACUUUUAUUUAUUAAAUGCGUUUCUUAAACCCGUAUUUAACUGUCACAAGAUUUUCAAAAAUCGUUUCUAAUAAUGUAUCCCAGAAUUUAGAGUAGGUGUACUUUGCUAACCUCUGCCUUGACAGCGGUUGAUGGGUAACUUACUCAUACUUGAACGAGAAGUUCCGUUUUGUGAUUUCAUUGAAGAUUGUUAUUAUAAUUCUUAGAAUUACUUUUUUUUAAAUUAUAAUAAUAGGCGACUUGAAACAUUUUUAACAUAAUUUGGUUUAUUAAAAUUACCAUAUUUAAAAAAUAAAUAAUGCGUAGCUACCUAAAUAUAUAUUCGAAUUUUAAUAAUAAAAUAAUUUUUGUAUACUAUUGCUGUUUUGAUCGAUGAAUCAAACGCUCAAUUAAUUAUAUUUAGUGAAUUUCUGUUUUCAAAAUCUUCCGUUGACCAGAGUAUUCAGAUAAUAAAUUAAACACGCGUACAGUCAAAUUUGAAUUUUAAAAAAAUACCAUAUAUUUUCCAUUCAGUUGACUAGCUAAAUAAAGCAAUCAUAUUACGAGAAAUUAAUUUUGUAGCAAGCGUCUGAUCCAUACAGAUUGCCAAGUACAGGGACAGAGUCGGUGUUUGCUAAGGGCGCCUCCGCACGGUCGUGCCGUGUCACAGAUAACACUAGUGUUGAGCUCAAUUUUUAAGAGACGUUUAGUUAGUUGUCUAUUGCGUAAUCUGUACGACACGAGCAAACUCGGCGGGAGCAAAUUGUUAGACGUCAUGUCGCACUAGAGUAGGGAUUAGGGUAAACCUCUUGAAACUUAACGAAGUAUCGAUAUUGAUCGAAUAAUAAGCUCUUAUAAAGAUGUAGUUGUUAUUCUUGUGAAUUAACGUCGAAGCGCCUUGUGAGAUUACGCGGUGAUCG